AUGGCAUCACAUUAUUCAUAUGGCAGUCGUGAAACAUUGAUCAUUGCCAUAAUAUUGGAUGCAUUAUUGAUGGUCUUUUGUAUUUUCUUGAUUGUCGAUGUCUUGAAAAAAUACUAUCUCCAAUUUCCAGUGUUGACAUAUAUAACAUCAAUAGCUGUUAUUGUUGCCGGAACCGUCGCAUGGAUGAUCACCAUAUCGGCAACAAUUGAUAUAAUGGCAGCUCUAACCAUCGGCAAUGCAUGGCACACAGUAACAUGUCUUAUGAUGGAUUCUAUGACACAGUUACAUGCAAAAGGUCUAGGACAAAUUUUUUAUACUCAAACUUCAUCAACACAAACACGUACUGGAAGCGCCGUAGUAUAA